CAAAUAAAACACCAUCCAUUACCAAUAUUAUUAAGGAGGAGACGUGUGCACUUAGUGAAUCCAGGCUUCAUGCGUUAACAUAGAUCAAUAAGACGAAGGAUUUACUACACAUCAUCAUAUACGUUUCUCUAUCACUCCAAUACGUCUCCACAUUUGUUGAAGAACAAGACUUAUCCUUCGUACGAUAAACGAUCUAACGAGAUCGUAAUCGACUGUCUCGAGUUCAACUCGUUCCCCAUUCGUGAAUGGGGUCUCAUUCUAAAGGAGGUAAACGACAUCUCGCCCGAGAUGGUAAGAGAUAAAACCGACAUUUUCUGAGAACUGACGAACUCGAUGUCUCUCCUGAGAACCGACGAACUCGAUGUAUCGAUCGGGACUGACAAACCCGACGUCUUGCUCAAGACCCAUGAAACCGACAUCCCUUUCGAGAUGAUGAUAAUCGAACUACGUUUAGACUUGAUCCCACGACGGGUACGUAGGCAGCUCGUUCUUGAGUUCAGUCACGAUCUUCUCUUUCCCGAUAUCUUUAUGAUAUUCGACCUGCGAAUAUAGUCCAUUUUCACCGACUCAUACCUGAUUAUAUCGUUGUGUUCUAAGGAUAUCGUUGCCAACAUCUUUUUGCUUCCCCAGAUUGAACCCUUGAUCACUAUCAAAUACUCAGUGUAGAUUUUAGGUUCUACAAUUACUUUAUAAAUUUAAUAAAUGAUUAGAUUUGAAUGUGUUGGCUUGUUUUAGUUAGCUUAAAAUAUCUUAAAUUGUAUUCAAGAUUUCAGAAUAGCUUACCUAAACUAAGAGAUAUAUCUGAACUGGUAUUUUUUUAAUCUUAAUUGGUAUUGAUGAAUUUAUAUUUUAAAUAUAAUCAAAACCUGUAAAUGAAAUAUACAUUCUUACUUUCUUAGUAUUAUAUAUUUGCAUGUAAUUUACGUUUGUGACAUGAAACUUUUUUGAAAACUAAAAUAUACAUUGUUAUACAGAAAUAUAAAUUAUAAAUCGUAACGUAUUUAUUUUUAUAAAAUGAGUAUCCGUGCGAAAUCGUACCGGUUCCUUACCUAGUAUAUGUAUAUAUAUGUGAACUUUGUUUAUGAUUUAAGGACUCAUGUAAAUAUUUGUUUUCGAUUGGUUUUUCUUUACGAAAGACAAAAAAAAUUGUUUAAAAGAAUGUUUGAUUUCCGCACUUUUCAUUAUUUAAGACAUUUUGUAAAUCAAAAUGAGAGAAAAAUAAACUGAUUUUUUUGAAUAAAUAGAUAGACUGAUCGAGGGAAAGAUACAUUGAUUGAGGGACACUGACUUCAGUUACCUUAAAUUUUUGCAUGCUAAUCGCCUUAUCCACCUACUGAUAUUAGAAUCUAACUAUUCGAAUUAUUACAUCAAAUUUAUGACAAUGAAAAUUCUAAGAAACCAAAAUCAAUGCUUGUGUUUUAGAACCCCUUAUCUCACUUGAGGUGGCUUUUUAUUUUCUGUUUAGUUGUUUUUCUAUAUACGAUAAGUCCGAAAAUUUGUAGCUUUGCUUCGCGAAGAAAUUUAAUCCGCGCUGUAUUUCAAAUCUCAUCUGACUCUUUCAAACAACUGUUUUUAAUUACUUUUUAGUCAACACUAAUGUUUUUUUUUUUAAAUUCCAAGACUUUUCUUUUAAGUACCAAUUUUGGUAUAUCAUUUCAAAGUCUUCAUAGAUCUUAAGACUCUUUCAAACCGAUUCAUUCCUCUCUCUAUAUAUAUAUAUAUGUAACAUAACGUAACAUAAAUGGGAAGUUAAAAGAAUCACAUUAGGUGUCCGUAUCCCCAAUCUUUCGAUGAUGAUGACUACUACAAAAACUCGUAACACCUUUCUGAGUCACUUUGUCUUGUUCCUUUCGUGUUUUGUGUUGAUGGAAGUUGGUUUAGGACGAAGCCCGACAAGUGAAAUUAAAGUAGGAGUAGCUCUUGAUCUCAAAACAACAUUUUCCAAGAUCUGUCUCACUUCACUUAAUAUGUCGUUGUCCGAUUUCUAUGAAGAUCAUCCUAAUUACCGUACAAGACUUGCGCUUCACGUCAGAGAUUCCACGGAAGAUGUUGUCCAGGCUUCAGCUGCAGCCUUGGACCUAAUCAAGAAUGAGCAAGUGAGCGCCAUCAUAGGACCAAGAAGCUCUAUGCAAGCUGAAUUCAUGAUAAGAAUGGCCAACAAAUCUCAAGUACCGAUCAUCACAUUCUCAGCAACAAGCCCUCUUUUAACGUCCAUCAAGAGCCCUUACUUUGUCCGUGCCACUCUCGACGACUCGUGCCAGGUGGAAGCCAUUGCGGCCGUUGUUAACUCCUUUGGGUGGAGAAGCGUCGUGGCCAUUUAUGUGGACAACGAGUUAGGUAAAGGAAUUAUGCAUUCUUUGUCAGACGCUUUACAAGACGUGGAAGUCCACAGAAGUGUGAUCUCUACGGAGGCUAGCGAUGAUCAGAUUCUAAAGGAGCUUUAUAAGCUUAAGACAAGACAGACAAGGGUAUUCGUUAUCCACAUGGCCUCAAGACUCGGGUUCCGGGUUUUGCAGAAAGCUAGGAAGAUCGGGAUGUUGGAGGAAGAGUAUGUCUGGUUACUAUCAAAUGGAAUGACGAAUAUGAUGAGACAUAAUGGUCGUAGCUUAGAGACUAUGCAAGGUGUGCUAGGUGUGAGGAAUCAUGUCCCUAAAUCGAAAGAGCUUGAAGAUUUUCGUUUGAGAUGGAAAAGAAAGUUCCAGAAGGAGAACCCGUUGAUGAGGGAUGAUGUAGAGCUGAAUGUUUUCGCAUUAUGGGCGUAUGAUUCCAUCACUGCAUUGGCCAUAGCCGUGGAGAAAAGCAACACAAAGAACUUAAGGUAUGAUAACGUUAGCGCUUUAUCAAAUAACACUACAGAUCUUGGGACCUUAGGGGUCUCUCGCUACGGUCCAAGUCUUCUGGAGGCUCUCUCGGCUAUAGAAUUCAAGGGUCUAGCAGGAGAGUUUAAACUCCUUAACAGGCAGCUCGUGGCAUCAACUUUUGAUAUCAUCAAUGUUGUUGGAAACGAAGAGAGGAUAAUCGGAACAUGGACACCAAGAGACGGACUUAUGAAUGCAAAUUUAAAGAAAACUACGUCGUUAUCAAAGGAAAGGUUGGGGCCGGUGGUAUGGCCCGGGAGUUCGUAUGGUGUUCCAAAAGGUUGGGAGGUACCAACGGACGGUAAGAAAAUUAAAGUAGGCGUUCCCGUAAAGCAAGGCUUCUUCAAUUUUGUGGAGGUCACGACAAAUCCGAUCACUAACGUAACAACCGCAAAGGGUUACGCGAUAGACAUCUUCGAAGCUGCUCUUAAGAAGUUGCCAUAUUCAGUCAUUCCUCGUUACUACCGUAUCGAGUCUCCAGAAGAUAACUACAAUUAUUUGGUCCACCAAGUCUAUGACGGGAUGUUGGAUGCAGUUGUUGGAGAUAUAACCAUAACAGCAAACAGGUCAUCGUAUGUUGAUUUCACAUUACCUUACACCGAGUCUGGAGUAUCUAUGUUGGUGCCGCUCAGGGACAACGAAAACAAGAACACAUGGGUGUUCCUUAAACCUUGGAGCUUAGACCUAUGGAUCACCACCGGUUGCUUUUUCGUCCUCAUCGGUUUUAUUGUGUGGCUGUUCGAACACAGAGUCAACUCCGACUUCCGUGGACCGCCUCACCACCAGAUUGGCACCAGUUUCUGGUUCUCUUUCUCCACUAUGGUCUUCGCUCACCGCGAGAAGGUGGUGAGCAAUUUAGCAAGGUUUGUGGUGAUCGUCUGGUGUUUUGUGGUGCUUGUGCUCACUCAGAGCUACACAGCGAAUCUCACCUCUUUCCUAACGGUACAACGUUUAGAACCAAGAGCUACAAAUGUGAAAGACCUCAUCAGAAAUGGGGAGUCUGUAGGGUUUCAACAUGGCGCUUUUGUUAAAGAUACUCUAAAAGGUCUAGGAUUCCCCGAAUCACAGCUCAAGGCUUUUGGUUCUGCUGAAGAAUGCGACGAGCUUUUGUCCAAUGGGACAUCGAAAGGCGGUAUAGCAGCAGCUUUCGACGAAGUUGCCUACCUUAAGGCUAUCCUUUCUAAGUACUGCUCCAAAUAUGCAAUAGUUGAACCUUCCUUCAAGACUGCUGGUUUUGGGUUUGCAUUCCCAAGGAACUCGCCUAUGACAGGAGAUGUAUCAAGGGCUAUUUUGAAUUUGACUCAAGGUGAAGAAAUGGUAGGCAUCGAGAACAAAUGGUUCAACCGUCUCAGCUUCGCUAGUGAAUGUCCUGAUCCAAAGACAGCUCUUUCAUCUAACCGUCUCAGCCUCAGUAGCUUCUGGGGUCUAUUUCUAAUAGCAGGCAUUGCUUCAUUCCUGGCAUUUCUCAUCUUUGUAGGCCACUUCUUGUACGAGCAUAGGCACACGCUCUGCGAUAAUACCGAAGGUUCCUUGUGGAGAAAGCUAACGUCUUUGUUCAGAACCUUUGAUGCGAAAGACAUAAAGUCUCAUACUUUCAAGAACAGUGCCGUUCAUAAUGUGAGUUUACCUGUUACUCAGUGUACUCCGAGCCCUUCAACUGUGCAGAUGAGACCAUGGCCACGAAGUAUGUCAUUAAACAGGGAAUUUGAGCUAAGACGAGCUUCUUUUUUCAUGAGCGAAGAACGUCUCACCACGCAACCGGAACAUAAUAAACAUGGAGCAUCUGAUAUUGAAUCUAGAGCUGAACGAUAGCUAGAGAGUUAAGAAACUCCGAGGGCAAGGUAGAUAAAAUAAUCUAGGUUCUAUCAUCUUAGAUAAAAUAUAUAAGGUCUUGUUAUGAAAAUAACUGGAAUUUUAUUGUAUCGCGGGAAUUUAAAUAAUGACAAAAUUUAUACUCGUAGGAUUUAUAACACUGAUAGAAUGAGUUUAUUAUAGAGAGAAGAGAAGAGUGAAUGAAUGAUUUAUAAACGAUCGAUUCGAUCGUUUAUAUAGAAGUAGGAUUUACUGUGCAAAUAGUGCAGCGGGCCCCACAUCCUUUUAUUUUUCAACAUAAUCGGUGGCUGUGUUAUUUGACUUUCAUAACACUCCCCCUUGGGGGCCGGUGACACUAUCCGCUCCCGCUUAACGUCUUUGUUGCCUCGUUAAAAACCUUUCCAGGAAAACCCAAUGGGAAAAACCAUAGUAAGGUAAAAAGAGUACAACUACGUAAGCUCCCCCUCGAAUGAGAAGUCAUA